UAUGUAUCAACAGCACAAAUAUUGGUUAAUUAAUAAACGAAAAGAAUUGAUUUUAACAUUUAGGAUCUAUAAACAAUAAAGUAUUUUAAUUAAAUGUCAAAAGUAGAGAGGAAAGAGUGGCUUACUAUGUCAGUAUAAUAGAAUAAUUAAAGUAAAUAAUUUAUAGCCUAAGUUAACAAAAUUAAUAGAUAGAAAUAAGGAAGAGAUUAUUGAUUUAGUUAAAAAAUUUCAAAUAAAAAUAUUAGGCUUUUUAAAAAGAAUGAAUUAAUAUUAAUAAUGA